AUGGCUGGACAAGUUUUUAGGAAGUCUCGUCUGCUCCCUGACAGAGUAUUGGCUGAAAGGAGUGUUGUGGUAACUGUAGCCAAAGGUGGCAUUAUGCUUCCAGAAACGACACAAGGAAAAGUGUUGCAGGCAACGAUCGUGGUUGUGGGAUCAGGCAUGAAAGAAAAGAGUGAAGAGAUUCAGCCUGUCAGUGUGAAAGUUGGAGACAAAGUUCUUCUCCUAGAAUAUGGAGGCACCAAAGCAGUUCUAGACGACAAGGAUUAUUUCCUAUUUAGAGAUGGUGAUAUUCUUAGAAAGUAUGUCAACUGA